GUUGUGUCAAAGUUCAUAAUCGACAUGUGGUGUCGUCGUCGUCGAGGGUGACCGCUGUUUAGGUUUUUGUUGCUAGACCUAAUAUUGUUCACAGAUUAGAGGUUAGCUUAGCAUCCGCUUAUCAAUAAAAACUAAUGGAAAGUCAAGACCUAUUGUGGUCAACAAAUGAUUCAUCAUACGUGAGUGGAAGUGAUGAUGAGGAUGUUGAUGAUGAACAACACACCAAACUGUUACAGGCCAUUGGAUCCCUGGAUAAAAAGAAAGGGAGGAGAGUCCAGGAAAGAUCAGAACCUGUUAAAGAUAGAUCAGAAUUCAAUUUAGCAGAAAAAGAUGGCAAGGCUGGUAAAGUCCGGGUACAUGAGCUGAUGGGAACAUUAAAAAGUACAGCGUCACAUUCAGAACUCAAGAAGCAGCUAAUAAAUAUACAGAGAAAGAGCAAAACACUUCCAGCAUCGCUGCCAAAGCAUGAAGCAGAAAAGAUUGAACGUAAGCGUGGUUAUGCAAAAGCAAGCAAAGAGCUCUCCAAAUGGCAUGAGGCUGUCCAGGCCAACCGACGUGCUGAGCACCUCACAUUUCCUCUCAACCAAUCAGCUUCCAGCCUGCAGACAACAGACCAAUUUGUCAAGAAAUUUAAGCCUGCAACUCCACUUGAGGAAGAAAUUUAUCAGAUGCUACAUGGUAGCAAGCAUGCAGAAAGACCAGACAAGGAAUUUACAGAAGCGGAAGAAGAGGCCUUGAAAGCGAUGAGCCUUGAAGAGGCAAAAGCUAGACGAGCUGAAUUACAAAAAGCAAGAGCUCUGCAGUCUUACUAUGAAUCAAAGUGCAGGAGACAAAAAAAGAUCAAAAGCAAAAAGUUUCAUCGUAUUCAGAAAAAAGCAAAAGCUAAAGAAGAUGUAAAGAAAAUGCAUGAGAUGAUGGAGAAUGACCCAGAGACAGCAAAAGAAAUGAUGAUAAAGAUGGACAAGACCAGAGCACAGGAACGUGUGAGCUUGAAGCAUAGAAACACUGGUAAAUGGGCCAAGAGUACAGCUCGCUUUGGUAAAUAUAACUUGCAGGCUAGAGAGCAGAUUCAGCAACAGCUGCAAAAGAGCAGAGAUUUAACUCAAAAGAUUUCCGAGAUCAGCAAGAGUGAUGAUGAAGCAGAGCAAGAAGUGGAUGGCGAUGAGGACGAAGUUGUGAGACCAACGCUAACCGACAUCAAUAAUCCAUGGUUUAAUGCUUCUGUUAAGGAAGCAGCUGAAACAGAGACAAAGACAGCAUCAAAGACAAAGGGAGCUCAUGUACGUAUAUCAGCACUUGAGGCUGUUACUGCCAAAGAUGUAGAGAGUGACUCUGAUUCUGAUGGUCAAAUUGAUGAUCAACCCGAAAGUAGUGGUCAGUGGCCAGAGUUGGCACCCUUUGAGGAUGUGUCAAAUACUAAUGCUCUAGAAACUAAUAUAGAUAAUGAGGAGUUUCUAAAUGAAGGAUUGAAUCGCAAGCAGACUCUUGAAGACUUUGCAGACACAGGGUCUGAUGUCGAAGAAUUGCCAUCGACAGAGAUAGAUGACAGUGGAAUCACACAAGAUGAACAUGAACAAAAGAACACAAAAGAAAUUCAUGUUGAUCCUAUGAAAGUAUUCACAAUAAAACCAAGAGAAAUACGCUGCCUUGAGCCAGAUAUUGUCAUUGGUGAUUUUGAAAGUGAAAAUAAACCAGACAAGCAUCUUAUGGAUAUUCAAGAAGCAUUUGCAGAUGAUGAUGUUGUGGCAAACUUCCAAGAGGACAAGAAGAGAAAGAUUGAUGAAAGCAAACCAAAGGACAUUGACCUUACCUUGCCAGGAUGGGGAGAGUGGGGAGGUACUGGUGUAAAAACAUCAAAGAAGAAAAAGAAGAGGUUUAUAAUUAAAGCACCACCUUCUGCUCCUCGUCAAGACAGGAAGCUUCCUCAUGUGUUCAUCAAUGAGAAAAGAAAUAAGUCAGUUGCCAUGCAUCAGGUGAACAGCCUUCCUUUCCCUUUCAACUCAGCUCAGCAAUUUGAAGCAAAUAUCCGUGCACCAAUUGGAAACACAUGGAAUACAGAAGCUGUGGUGAAGAAGUUAAUAAAACCAAAAAUAGCAACUAAGGUGGGCACAAUAAUUGAGCCACUGUCAGAAGCUGAUGCGUUUAAGGACACUGUGAGCGAAGAUGUAGCUAAGAAGAACCACAGAAAAGUGGGUGGGGUACAACAGAAAAAACACAAAAGAAAAUAAAUUUGAUUUAAUACAGAAGGUUCUUUCUGUUUCAAUGUACAAACUAAUUUACUGUAUGCCACAGGAGUGUUUUAUUCAGGUAAUUGUGGAAAUUUUGUGGCAAUUAAUAAAUUGAAUACCACCCAUGAGUAACUCCGAGUGUCAAAAUAAGUGUGCUCAUCAAGCAUGAUCUAUAUUCAUUCAAUUGUCCUUGUGGAGGCACUAAGAACAGUUCCUGAGUAUAAGAACUAAUAACAAUAGUCUUUAAAGCGCAAACAUCACCAAACCUGGUGCUCAAGACACAGUAGAGAACAAACAGGAAUUGCAGACAUCAGUAUUAUGUUAUAAAUUAUCAAACAUUGCUUUUGAACUAGAAGUUCCUUUAUAACUUAUGAUAAAUGGUCUCUGGCGGACUCAAACCUGCAAAUACAUAUUAUUAAGCCUAGUGUCAUCAGAUUUUAAUUGAAUAUACAUGUACUUAUUAGUCUUUAGUAGUUCGAUAAAUGACUACGAAUGAUGGCAAAUUUAUUGAACAAAUAAACUAUAUAAGAAAUAAAG